AUGAGUGCUCCACUCCCCUUGUGGUCGGUUCUAAGGCCGUGUCGUGCCCCCAGUGCUCGAACGGGGAAAUUGUUGCUGUCAGUGACUCACGCGGUCUCCCAGACUCGUCAAAUCACUCUCCUUGCCUCGUCGCAGAAAAAUCACUCAUUCCGAACACCUCAAUGGCCUUCCGUGUCUAAGCGAACCGCAGCGACCACCACUCCGACUGAGGACCUUGUCCCAACCACCCCUUACACUGAGUUGACCGUUGGAGUUCCCCGCGAAACACACCAAAAUGAGCGCCGUGUAGCAAUUACGCCACAAAAUGUGGCUUUGCUUCUUAAAAAAGGCUUCUCACGUGUGCUGAUCGAGCGUGGGGCGGGUACAGGAGCACAGCUUCUAGAUGAUGCCUACCAGAAAGCCGGUGCCACGGUGGUGGAACGUGACGCUAUAUGGGCAGAGAGUGAUAUCGUUCUGAAAGUCCGAAACCCGCAGGCAGAAGGGCCAUUCAACGAGAUCCAAGCUCUUCGUAAAGGCUCGACUAUUAUCUCUUUUCUAUACCCUUUCCAAAACAAACCCAUUGUGGAUGCGCUAGCUGCCCGCGGAGUGACUGCGUUUGCCAUGGAUCGUAUUCCACGUAUCUCACGUGCGCAAACCUUUGAUGCCCUGAGUUCUAUGGCCAAUAUUGCUGGAUACAAGGCGGUUUUAGAGGCUUCAAACCACUUCGGUCGCUUCUUGACUGGCCAGGUGACGGCUGCUGGAAAGAUUCCUCCCAGUAAAGUACUGGUCAUUGGUGCCGGUGUAGCUGGUCUGAGUGCAAUUGUCUCGGCUCGCCGUAUGGGUGCCAUUGUUCGUGGUUUCGAUACCCGCCCUGCCGUCCGUGAACAGGUUCAAUCUUUGGGUGCCGAAUUCAUCGAGGUUGAUUUCCAAGAAGAUGGUUCUGGACAAGGUGGCUACGCCAAGGAAAUGUCCAAGGAGUUCAUUGAAGCCGAAAUGAAAUUGUUCAUGGAACAAGCUCGCGAGGUUGAUAUUAUCAUCACAACUGCUCUCAUUCCAGGAAAACCAGCCCCGAAGCUGAUUACCAAGGAAAUGGUCGCUGCUAUGAAGCCUGGCUCCGUCAUCGUAGAUCUUGCAUCUGAAGCAGGUGGAAAUUGCGAAGCAACUGUACCUGGUGAGCUAUCUACCUACGAGGGUGUUACUAUCAUUGGCUAUACCGACCUUCCGUCCCGUCUGCCGACUCAAUCCUCGACGCUUUACUCUAACAACAUCAUCAAAUACCUGCUCUCUAUGGCCCCCAAGGACAAGUCCUUUGGAAUUGAUUUCAAUGAUGAAGUUGUUCGUGGAUCAAUUGUCACUCUCAACGGCGAGAUUAUUCCACCUGCCGCACCAUCUGCUCCUCCUCCUACUCCAAAGCCUGAUACUGAAGCCAUUGCAGCAAAGAAAGAAGCAGAACUCGCUCUUACACCAUGGCAACAGGCAACUCGAGACGUAACAACCGUCACAGGCGCAAUCGGCGCCACUCUCGCUCUUGGAAAGGCCACUGGCCCCAUUUUCAUGGGCAAUAUGAUGACAUUCGGACUUGCGGGCUUGGUCGGUUACCGCGCAGUAUGGGGAGUGGCGCCUGCUCUUCACUCGCCGCUGAUGAGUGUCACCAACGCUAUCUCAGGAAUGGUUGGUAUUGGUGGCUUGUUCGUCAUGGGCGGGGGUUAUGUCCCGACCACUCUUCCAGAAUAUCUUGGUGCUGUUUCUGUGCUUCUUGCCUUCGUGAAUGUGUCGGGUGGCUUUGUGGUGACAAAGCGUAUGCUUGACAUGUUCAAACGUCCAACCGAUCCCCCAGAGUACCCAUGGCUGUAUGUCAUUCCAGCGGUCGUAUUCGGCGGUGGCUUGGUGGCUGCUGCUAGCACUGGAAUGUCUGGUAUAGUGCAAGCCGGGUACCUCGUCAGUACGAUCCUCUGUAUGAGCUCUAUUUCCAGCCUUGCUUCUCAAACAACUGCGCGCCGUGGAAAUAUCCUAGGAAUCCUGGGUGUGGCCUCUGGUAUUCUUGCCUCACUGGUUGCAGUGGGGUUCUCCACUGAAACGCUGACUCAAUUCGCCGUUGUGGCUGGAACCGGUGCCUUAGUCGGUGGACUUAUUGGUCGUCGCAUUACCCCAACUGGGCUUCCUCAGACAGUUGCAGCUCUGCACUCAGUUGUGGGUCUGGCUGCUGUUUUGACCAGUAUUGGUAGCGUGAUGGUUGAUAUUGGCGAAAUCUCAACACUGCACAUGGUCACUGCCUAUAUGGGUGUGCUCAUAGGAGGUGUUACAUUUACCGGUUCAAUUGUUGCUUUCCUUAAACUCGCGGGCCGCAUGUCUUCAAAGCCGAUGAUUCUCCCUGGUCGACAUUUGAUUAACUCGACGCUGCUGGGAAGUAACAUGGCGACCAUGGGAGCAUUCAUUACAAUGGCCCCCGCAAAUCCUGGUAUUGCCGCGGCUUGCUUGGGCACGAGUACUGUCCUCAGUUUCCUGAAAGGAUACACGACGACCGCGGCGAUCGGCGGUGCCGAUAUGCCUGUCGUUAUCACAGUACUUAACGCCUACUCUGGCUUCGCGCUUGUCGCUGAGGGUCUGAUGCUCAACAACCCUCUUCUUACAAGUGUGGGCUCGCUUAUCGGAGUAAGCGGUUCAAUCCUUUCGUAUAUUAUGUGCGUCGCAAUGAACCGGUCUCUUACAAAUGUUCUCUUCGGCGGGCUUGGUACCCAGCCACAAAGCCAGAAGAAGAUCGAGGGUGAAGUAACCCAGACAAGCAUCGACGACACUGUGGAAGCACUCUCCGGCGCUGAGAAUGUCAUCAUUAUCGUUGGUUAUGGUAUGGCCGUUGCAAAGGCACAGUAUGCACUAGCGGAGAUUGUCAGUAUUCUGCGUGCUCGAGGCGUCAAUGUUCGGUUUGCUAUUCACCCCGUGGCAGGACGUAUGCCUGGCCAGUGCAAUGUACUUCUUGCUGAAGCAUCUGUGCCAUAUGACAUCGUUCUGGAAAUGGAUGAGAUCAACGAAGAUUUCAAGGAUACCGAUGUUACCCUCGUCAUUGGUGCCAACGAUACGGUUAACCCUAUUGCUAUGGAGCCGGACUCCGCUAUCUCCGGUAUGCCUGUCUUGCACGCAUGGAAGAGUAAGGAAGUCAUCGUGAUGAAGCGUGGAAUGUCCAGUGGAUAUGCCGAUGUGCCGAAUCCCAUGUUCUUCAUGCCGGGAACAAGAAUGCUCUUCGGAGACGCAAAGACUUCGUGUGAUGCUAUUAAAGCGGCCCUGGAGGCACGCAAAUGA